CUCCUGUGAUUCCAUCAACCAACAUGUAAGAAAUGAAUCCGUAAAGUAAGCACCAUGAGAUGAUCCAAACACUUAGCCAAAUUCUUCCGUUUUUCCUUCCAACGUUGAUCGAUCCUUUGGCGUUUGAUUCGAGCUUCAACAGGCGGCUAAAUUGGAUCAUAUCAACAACAAUAUCCAAUCCUUAUGAAAGAAAACUAGAUAAAAAAAUGCCUAGUUCAUACUAGAAAAUCUCUUAAUUAAGUUGGAGUUGAUGUAACGGUAAUGUGGGAUGAAAACAUCUACCACAAUUUAGAUUCGAACUUUGCAGCCAACGACCAACGAAAACAAUUAUAUAUUGGCAAAUUCAUAGUAUAUAAAAAUGGCAAAUGAGUGGACUAGAUGAUUUUUUGGCUAAAAUCCACCCAUUCUAAGGUUUUGGUGGAUGGUGAAAAAUUGUCUAUGUCAUAAACUAACUAGUCUCAAUAACUCAGAGUUGUGGGAGAAUGUUAUUUAUGAAGCUUAUACUACUCUCUUACACACCUCUCAAGCGAAAGCCAACUCACAGACUUGAAGUUUGCACAGGUCAAUCGUAUCUUGUACCUUGUGUUUUGUUCAACUGUUAAUAUUAAAUGUCGUUGAAAUUCGAACAUACGACCACUUGAUAAAAUCAAGUAUGAUAAUCCAUACUAGAGAUCACAUUAUGGGUACUAGAAUCUUGCUAGAAAUAACAAUAUUAACCAAUGACAGAACUUUCGAUUCCAAAUUAGAAACAAAUUUUGCAUCUGCUAAAAAGUUUGAUAAUGCAUACCCGUGACAAAAUUUAAAUGAAUACCAUAAACCAAGGCAUAUAUGCUAGAAAUCACCUAAUGGUACUAGAUAAAUUAGCCAAAUUAUACUGGUGUGUGAAUCCCUACAAUCCAUUAUUCAAUUUUCAUUGACAACAAUAAUCAGUUUCCGUAAAUGUGGAGAUUCUUACAGGUGCAUACUCUCUUAUUUUGAAUUUAUGUUACAUACUCAAUCGUAUUAUUCUCAGUUUGAUCAUCUCAUCAUUAGGUCAGAAAAUAAAAGUGUACUAUGAAUGACUUGCCUAUAUACAUUACCCACAAUAAAUAUGAUACUAAAAUAUUUUACGUAUUAGGUUAAAUUUAAUGGUGAGGAUCUAAUAUUUAUAUAUGCAGGAUUCACAUUUCUAUUUCUAUAGAUUGAUUUCUCUGAAUACAUAAAAUUCAUUAUCAGAUUUUUGGCAUUAGAUCCACCAAAUUAUCCUCAAUACAUGGAUAUGAAAUCACAUCCCCCCUAAAUGCAAUGAAAUCAAACUCAUGACCAGAUUCUUUCCCUUCUACAGAUAACAUUCUCAUAAUCUGUGAAAAGCAAAUCCACAAUUGUAUCAACACAUUUUGGUCACUAUAAAAAGCCAACAGCCAUAGCUCUCUGCAAAUCACCCACCAACAACAAGAAGCAUUCCACCAUUCAAACACAAGCAUUCUAUCAUCCAGUCUCUCUGUUCUUCACAAUGAACACAUCAGUGAACAGAAACAUGAACAGCACAGCUACAGUAGCUUUCAUGUUGGCAUUGCUAAUCAUGGCGACAACCAGUCCCGUGAGUGCUCAAGCCCCCGUGACAUGCCCAGGUGCUCUGCUUCAGCUGCUCCCCUGCCUGCCGUUCCUCACCAAGCAAGUCACAACUCCGCCUGCCCAAUGCUGCUCCAAUGUCAAGCUGCUGAACGACGAGGCCAACACCGCCGCGAUUCGUCAGCAGCUCUGCAAGUGCUUCAAGCCUGCUGCAAUCUCCUAUCAUGUCGACCCUGCCGUCGCCAAGGCCCUCCCUGGCUUGUGCGGAGUCAGUGUCCCCGUCCCUAUCGAUCCCAAGAUCGACUGCAACACGAUUUCCUAGAUGUGAAAUAUGGAUGAAGUUGUGGAGCCAUGGAAAGGCGAUGGGCAUCCAUGGAUCUUUGACCAGAGUUUGCUAUGCAAAUUCUUGAGAUGGCGUUGAUGAUGAUACAUAAAACACAGUUCUUCGAUGGUUGAUUAGUGCACACAUAGGGAAAGGAAGUCGGAAUAAACAGCUAGCUUGCUUAAUUAAUAAAGACACCAGUUGUGUUUUAUAUAUGUGUUUCUUUUUUAGAAUCCUUUUGCAAUGUCUUCACCUUCAUCUAAACAAAAUUAAUUUGCAAUGUACUCUUAUGUAUAACUCCAAAGUGUGGGUAUCAACUAUCAGUACAUAUCAUAUACCUAGCUAUUUUUGGUUCAACAUUAAUAUAUACAAGCUUGACAUGAGAGUUACUAUUUAUUAGUGGCUCUCAUACUCAAGUGUAAGUGAUGAAGUUUCAAUCCCUUCUUUUACCCCACUCUCCAUUCUACAACAUUUAUGUUUAGUGAUGAAGUUUCAACCCCUUCGCUAGGUUUCCGUCUAUGACUUUUUGUACAAAUCAUCGCCUUUGCUCACCAUUUUGCAGCCCAUCUCGAAAUACUGUCGACGGAAUCCUAACUUGUUCCCCACCAUCGUUUCCCAAGGCCGCUACCACGAGUUUUGUAUCAGGAUCGAGUUUCAUCCUCUUUAGUGUUUUUCCCCCUUUUUGUUGAUCAUGAUCACAAUUGAACCAAAUCCAUGAGUAUCCAACCUAAUUUGAUCCGGUCAAAGCGACUUGAAAACAAACAUUAACAUUUAUAAAUUACUUUUUUCUUCUUCUUUUGGUUGGCAGCCUGGACCAAGUGUUAAUUUGUUAAAAAAUUGUUCAAAGCGAGUUGAACACGUUGUUGACCAUUUUUAGAUCAAAAGCGAGUUUUGUACGCUUUCUUUUUUUGAAUUUCUCAUUUUCCUUUUUGUGGAGAAUGACAAUUGAACUCUGACCCAUCGUUGACGCGUUUUGUAUCGAGAACGAGUUUUAUCUGCUUUUGCAAUUGACAGGUUGGGUAAAUUGUGAAUUUGUUAAAACUGGGUCAACCCGGUCGAAGCGAGUUGAACGCAGUGUUUGAGAGUUCGGGGUCAUGAGCGAGUUUUAUCCGCUUUAGUAUUUUUUUAUCUUUUCCCUCUUGGUUGAGAAUGACACUUGAGUCCAAACGUAUGGGUAUACAACCCAUGAAUAGGAGAUUGAUUUCCUUAAACCCAAGCCAAACGAUCGUGUUUGAGCCUAACUGGGUGUAGAAGGGAGUCUCGUGAAAAUGGGUCAAGAGGAGUAAGCAAUGAAGGAACGAUUGUUAUAGAUAGAUUCCGGAGAUUACGAAAAGAGUGGGAAAUGGAAGUCGUCUUAGAGAGAGAAGUUGAUGAUCUUAGAGAUAGAGUCUGAAAAAUCCGUUCCCCUCACCCACCGGAGUAAAUGCCAUAUUUAUAG